UUGUCAUACUUAACUCUCAGUUCCUCCUCCGCGUGCAACAAUUAUCUAACUUUUUCGCGAUUUGGUUUGGUUGCAGUAACAAGAAAGUCGAGACGAGUUCUAAUUUCUUACCUGUGGUGAUUGGCUUGACCUUUUCAAUCUGUCUUGGUAUUGUUAUCUGGCAUUUCAAGAAAGGAAAAGGCGGUCGUUCUCACUCUUUCACAGGAAAUACAUUUUCUGAUCCUUCAAGAAAAGAUCUGGAAGGGGAUAGCAAGUACUUUGGAGUCCCCGUCUUCUCCUACUCUACUCUCGACGAAGCCACCAAUAAUUUUGAUCCCUCCCAAGAGCUUGGAGACGGAGGUUUUGGAACUGUAUACUAUGGUAAACUUCGUGAUGGACGAGAAGUUGCAGUGAAACGCCUCUAUGAGCAAAGUUCCAAGAGGAUGGUGCAAUUUAAGAAUGAAAUUGAAAUUCUUACUCGCUUAAGGCACCAGAAUCUUGUUAUGCUCUAUGGUUGCACGUCAAGGCAUAGUCGUGAACUCCUCCUGGUUUAUGAAUACAUCCCGAAUGGAACAGUUGCUGAUCAUCUCCAUGGAGAGAAAGCUAAGAACGGAGCCCUUAUAUGGCCUAUACGCAUGAAGAUUGCCAUAGAAACUGCUAGUGCUUUAGCUUAUCUCCAUGCUUCUGACAUAAUACACCGCGAUGUCAAGACUUGUAACAUUCUACUUGACAACAAUUUCUGUGUCAAAGUUGCAGAUUUUGGGCUUUCGCGACUUUUUCCAAAUGAUGUGACUCAUAUCUCAACUGCUCCACAGGGGACACCAGGAUAUGUUGAUCCGGAUUAUCAUGCAUGCUAUCAGCUAACUAGUAAAAGUGAUGUGUAUAGCUUUGGAGUUGUCCUUAUUGAGCUCAUAUCGUCGCUCCUUGCUGUGGAUAUAAGAAGGCAUAGGGAUGAAAUUAGUUUGGCUAACUUUGCAGUAAGCAAGAUUUUGAAAUGUGCAUUCGAGGAGUUGAUUGAUCCAUCUCUUGGUUACGAGUCCAAUGCUGAAGUUAGGAGAAUGACUACUUCAGUUGCAGAGCUAGCUUUUCAAUGUCUCCAACUCGAGAAGGAAAUGAGACCAACAAUGGAUGAAGUGUUGGAAAUUCUAAAGGCAAUUCAGAGUGGUGAGUUUGAAAACCAGAAGAAAGAAGAGAUUAACGUCGUUGAUAAUGUAGAAGUCCCUCAGGACCCUGAAUCAGAAAAUGAUGAUGCACAAUUGAUGAAAUCUAAAUUACCUGUUUCGACGAAUUCUGUGAAUGAUAAGUGGUUUAGUUGCUCUACCACAGUUAGUAUUAGCGGGUGAAAUUCCUUCGAUAUUAAAGCU